AUGGUCUCUGCCAAGACUCUGAUCGCCAGCCUGGCUGCCACUGGCGCCAUCGCUGCCGAUGUACCCUCGCUUCAGAUCAAGGGAUCCAAAUUCUUCUACCCCAAUGGCACCCAAUUCAUCAUUCGCGGCGUCGCCUACCAGCAAGACUCGUCGGCCGGUGGCAGCGACGCCCCCAAGUCCAAUGCCACCUUCAUCGACUCGCUCGUGAGCAAGUCCAACUGCCAGCGCGACAUCCCCAACCUGGUGGCCCUCAACACCAACCUCAUCCGCACCUACGGCGUCGAUCCCACCGGCAACCACGACGACUGCAUGCAGAUGCUCGCCGACGCCGGCAUCUAUGUCAUUGCUGACCUGGGCAACCCCACCAUCUCCAUCAACCGCGCCGACCCCCAGUGGAAUGUCGGCCUCUUCACCUUCUUCCAGAGCGUCGUCGACACCAUGUCCAAGUACCCCAACGUCGUCGGCUUCUUCGUCGGCAACGAGGUCACCAACAGCAACAGCACCACCGGUGCCUCUGCUUACGUCAAGGCUGCCGUCCGUGACAUGAAGCAGUACGUCAAGAACAAAGGCUACCAUACCGGAAUCGGCUACGCUGCUGACGACUCCUCGGACCUGCGUGACACGAUUGCCGAGUACAUGAACUGCGGCGACUCGUCGACCGCCGUCGACUUUUACGGAUACAACGUCUAUGAAUGGUGCGGCGACUCCGACUUUGAGACCUCGGGAUACAACCGCAUUCUCGAUUUUUUCCAGUCGUACUCUGUCCCUGCCUUCUUUGCCGAGUAUGGCUGCAACAAGCCUGGUGGUGCUGCCAAGCGCGAGUGGCAGGAAACCGGUGCCCUGUACGCCAAGAACAUGACUGCUGUUCUCAGUGGUGGUAUCGUGUACGAGUACUUUGAGGAGGACAACGAUUACGGUCUCGUCAAGGCAUCGGAUAGCGAUAGCACUGUCACUAAGCUCGACGAUUUCGACACCCUGGAGAAGGCCAUGAAGGACAUCGAUCCCCAGGGCGUCUCAAUGUCCAGCUACAGCCCCUCCAACAAGGCCGCAUCGUGCCCCACGGUCAACUCUACCUGGGAGGCUAACGGUAGCACGCUCCCUCCCACGCCCAACGAGGCCGCGUGCGAAUGCGCCGCCAACGCCUCCACCUGCGUCCCUGCCAAGAACCUCGACACGUCGGCCUACGGUGCCAUCUUCAACUACACCUGCGCCGACGCUUCCGUGUGCUCCAGCAUCACUGGCGACCCCUCCACUGGCAAGUACGGCAUGUACAGCAUGUGCUCGGACGAGCAGAAGCUGGCUAUUGUCCUCGGCGCGUACCACACCAAGCACUCGGACGCCUCCGACUCGUGCUCCUUUGGCGGCAAUGCCACGGCCCAGAAGGGCUCGGGCAGGACGGACUGCUCCAAGCUGGCAACCAGCUCCGCCAACGGCACCAGCAACUCGACCAAGAAUGCCGGUGCGACCGUCGGCGCUCCUGGCUAUGGAGUGGUAGCGUCCCUGGCAUCCCUUGUGGCGUUGGUGGCAUCGGCGAUGGUUGCCCUGUAA